GCGCGCGUAUGCGUGCAUUCCAAAUUUAAUUUCACAGGUGCGUAAUUUCAAGUAAACUAAUCGUCGAUCCUCAAGAACGGAGAAGAAACGAUGCAACGAGAUAACGUGCGCGUAGCCGCUUCAAAAAUCCAAGAGAAGUCGGAAAAGCUCGCGGGAGAAGACUCGAAGUGGGGAGCGAGACGCGGUCAUGUGGUUGGCCGAAAGGAAGGGAGAGAGGGAGAAUACCUCGCGAUAAAUCGGAAAGAGGGUAGAAAUUUAGCGGAAGGUACACCAAAAUAGUAGGCCUGCUGGCGAUCGAAUGGCUCGACGAGUCAGGUGGCUCUCUCUCUCGCUCCGAUUCGAUGCGCGUAAGGGCGUCCCUCUCUGGCGCCGUUAAAACGGUGCCCAACUUUCGAGUGGCAGUUGGCAGCCGUGCGUAAAAGAAAUAAAUAAAGCGACCAUGAAGUGACAAAUAAAGUUGAGGAACAAUGCUCUCGGGAGACUCGAAGAGAUUUAACUCGGCGUAAGUUAGGAACGAGAGCGGCCGAGUUGCGAAGCGCCGGAACUCGGGGACGACGGCCCGAGAAAGACGAGAGCCGCCCGGCGAGAGGUAGGAACGCGCCGUGCGCUCGCCCAGAAGGAGAGGGUGACAUUUCGUUAUUUUCCCCGCUCCCGCACGCGCUCCUAUAUCUACACCUGUGCUACGCUCUCACAGCUGAAUCCGAACCGAGCGACACGAGGCCGAGCGCGGUUAUGCGCCGAGCAUACGCGCAGUGACCGGGACCACCUAGGAGCACCUGUGAGGUGAUCGCGUUCUACAACUUGCCGGGCGCGAAGCGGGCCUGGAAAUCGCUGCAACCAGCCCGUGAGGCUGUGAAUGCAGCUCCACCGGUGAGAGAUAGCCUGCCUUUCGCAGUUGCCCACAGAAUAUUUCACCGGGAGCUCCUCCGGACACCUACGAGCAUUUGCCUUUCGAGGGUCUACGUUGGGUCGCGAACCAAGAUGUAGGAGUCACCUGCACGCCGGGCCAAGAGUCAAAAGUGACAUCUCGGUACUUUUCUAAUUCUUGGACUUGCUGCUGUGUCUACACCUGCGUCAUGUGAGACGGGGCAAAAACGUGUGAAAUAACUGCUCCAUGUGUUACCGCGUUCGUAACAUCUGGUCGAGGAUGUAUCUCGGCUGUUCAAAAGUUUUAACGUAGACGACUGCAGUUAGCUGGACUGGACUGUAUGCAACUACGUUUCAAAUUACUACGUAGCGUUCCCGUGGACUAUACCGCUAUACGGGGCAUCACAACCUAUACGAAUGAUAAAAAGUACGAAUUCGUCGAUCGAUGAUAGAAAGACGAUGUAAUCGUCGUCGUAGUUUAAUAGUUGUACUAGAAGUCGUUACAACUGGCCAAGAAGUAAUUGUAUUUGUAAACGUGGUAUACGGCCCCAAGGAAUACCACGUUUCAGUUGGUUGGUCAAAAGGCAGUAUACGUUGGUCUUAGACCAUAACCAUUUAAAUGUGCAAGAAAGUGCAAAGUCGAAUUAACGAGGAGUCACCAGGAAUCGUCGUGAUGCCAUCCACGAAAAGAGUCCCCUGGUGAGCCUUUAAUUAUUUUUUGGUAGUGCGAAGAGUACGGUAGAAACGUGCAUAACGUGUAUACCAAGAGCCAUGACUCCAAAAGGUGCAAGACACGCAAAAGUCUGAUGACGACGAGCUCGCCAAGAGCCUGCUAACAUGAAAACCGAGAAGAAGACCAGCGAGCCCAGCUGUGUACCCACAGCUGUUGUUAAGGAAGAACCCGAUACGGAUUCCGUCAAGAUUAAGGAGGAAGGUAUUGCCAAUAAUAAUGACGAAUCUACAGCGGAUGAUGCAUCCGAGUGUCCUAGAGAUUCCAAUCUCGAUACAGCCAACGGCGAAGGUAACAUGGCUGCUGAUAAUCAGAACAGCAACGGGAAUCAGCCUAUCUUAAACUCGGUGAAGCAGGAAAGCGAUCGUAAUGAUCCUUCGGAUGAUCUUACCGGAGACUGCACGGGUAACGUAGGAAUUACAACGGAUGGUAUCCAACCAUUGGUAAGCAAUGUUCUCGGCAAGCAGAUGGGAACUGCAACUGGUAGCGGAGAUGCUCAGUACAUGCAACAACAAAGUCAAAUAUUUGUGUUCUCCACUACUUUGGCAAAUAAGGGUGCGGAAGCAGUCUUACAAGGACAGUUUCCGUCCAUCAUUGCUUACCAUUGUGCACAACCGGGUACUAAGAAGUACCUUGAGAAACAUCCAAACAAAGUGAAUCAGUUUCGACAAAAUCCCGCGCAAUGGCUCAGUAAUCUUGCGGUGAUGAAGCAGAAAAGCCAACAAGGAGGUCCGAAUGGUGGCUUUUCUACGGAGCAACCUCCGGACUUGCCAGCCCUUGACCCCAACGCUUCGCCCUUUUGGAACGAACAACCCAAUAUCAGGAACUUGAAUGGCAGCAGUACCCUGGGUAAUACCGAAUCGUCUUUAGACGAUCCAAAUAUAGACGUGCCUUGCCUCGUACCGAGCUCUCCUAACAACCCAGCAAAUCCUCCACCUCCGACCACUGCUUCGAUGGGACAUAGUCCGAGUUUGUUAGGAGGUACCACGAGUCCGAGUUCAGGCAACCUUCAACCUUCUCUUCAAGGUGUCAAAGUCCCCGACGAGAAUCUUACUCCUCAACAAAGACAACAUCGAGAAGUGCAGCUGGCGACGAUAAGGAAAAUGCAGAUGAUGUUGUUUCCCGAGAAGGAGGAGUCAAAUUCUGGGCCUCUUGACUCUACCCAGGUGACGCCGGUGUCAUCGGUAGCUUCGACGAACGCACAAACUGGUGCACCGAAUCAACAGUGUGCCUCCGCCAUGGAUUGGCACAAGUUGCAGCAUCAGUUUCUCGAUGGGAAAAACAAGGUGGGAGUCGGUAGUCCGGGUCCGAUUCCUUUGCGAGGUGCCGGGAUGGUCGGCGUUGGCGUAGGAGUCGGAAUGCCGGUGCAACGCAGCCAAGGACCUCCACCUCCGUAUCACCAAACGACGAGAUCGGCGAGCGUCCCGAUUGCCAUUCAGAGUCCAAAUCCAUCUUCACCGAACAAUCCAACCAGCAACCUGUCGUUGCCGUCGCCUCGUGCGAGUUCCGCCCUGAACUCGCCCGCGGAUUGUACCGGAAAUCGGCAAUUUCAGUUAGGUGGCCAGAGGUCGGGCCACUUACCGGGACAAAGUCCGACUAGUCAGGAUUCGCCGAAUCCUGGUCAAGUGAGCAACGCGGCGGCGGCCGCGGCAGCUGCGGCUGCGGCCGCCGCCACAGCGGCCUCGACCACCAGAUUGAAUCACAGCAACCCUGGAACCCCGGUCUCGCAUUCCCACCUCGCAGCUCUCAGCCCCGGUGGAGCUACUCCGCAGAAGGAACAGUCCCUGGAUUUCCCCCCAGGUCAGCCGCCACCAAAUGUGGACGGCAUGUUCUGUAGAACGCUGCAGUCCCUGGCUCAGCAGAAACAGCAACAGGGUGGAGCUGGAAACCCAACGGGCGUGAAGGAAGCGAAUUUGAUGCCGGUCCCUAGUCCUCAGCAAAUUCAGUAUCUCAACGCGUUCGAGGGUCAGGAACUGACCAUACAAAAGCAACCCAACACGAGCUUGAAAGAUGGCAGUUUACCUGCAAAUACCGGCAGCAAUACGGAGAUGUCCGGGAGGAUAAUGGGCAGCGUCGACAGCUCCAGUCAGUUCCCAGGCAGAUCGGAAGGUGCGAGUCCGUCGAUGGACAGCGCGGGUCGUGGCUUCGGAGGUUCUUUGCACAGUCCGCAUACCCCCCUGACCCCGCACACUCCUGGGAACGGUGCCCCGCAUACUCCCGUGGAUUCCGUGAAAAACGCACAAACACAGGCACAAGCUGCAGCGAACAAGGCAAGCGCGAGCGCUCAAAGCAGUCCGAUUCCGCACGGGGCAAGCCUGCAGGACAGCAUGGGCCCUCCCAGAACCGUGCCCGUCUCUCCCAACACGAAGCUGGAAACAUCCCCACCGUCCUCCAAAGACAUACAACAACAACAGCAGCAGCAGCAACAAGAACAACAACGACAACAGCAGCAGCAGCAGCAGCAGCAGCAGCAACAGCAGCACCAUCAUCACCAUCAACAGCAGCAGCAGCAGUCGCAGGCUCCAACGGUAACGCCUUGCAGCGUCGGAAAUACCGGCGGUUCGGCACCACCUCAAGUACAGACUCAACAGCAACCCCAGCAGCAGCAACCGCAGCAACAGCAGCUGGGUCCCCCGUCGUUCUGCGGGGUGAGGUCGCAGGCGUCGACGAACGUCAGCCAGCCGUCCGACAACGUGCCCCUCAAUCCUAACAACAUAGGCUCUCGAUUGGGGAGCAUCGGCGGCAUGAGCACGAAUCAUUUCGACCCCAUAACUUCCCUGGCGCAGAUGAGCCAGCAGCUGACGAACACCGCGGCGAGCAAUGCCCUGGGAACGAACGACGGCCCCAUACAUUCCGGGAAUUCGGGCAUGAUGAAUCCGUUCAAUCCGCACGGCAUGCACAUGAUGCAGAUCGGCGAGAUGAACGGCUGCCACAUGAGCGGGCCGAACAAUCCGGAGCCGUCCGACGUAGGCGGCAUGUGCUUGGGACUGGGUGGCCCGCCGACGAGCUACAGUCCCACGCCGCACACAGGAAGUCCCGGAGUGCCCAACAAGGUGACCGGCCAUCCGAUGAUGGGUCACGGGAUGAUGCAUCCGGGAGGGUACCCCGGCGAGCCGCACCCGGCGGGGCCGCCGCGACUCAUGGGCCACGGCGGGCCGCUCCCCUACAACGGUGCCAACGUCCAAGUGAAGCCCAGUGCCCCCAACACGAUCCAGUACUUACCCGCGAGGCCUAACGUAGGCCACACCCCGCGCGGCCCCCCCAGCCUGGACUUCUUGCAGCGCUUCACGAACCCCCUCUCGAGCCUCGAGUCCAAGAUGUCCAGCCCCUCGGUGAACCUGCAAUACUUCCCCAACGGGUGCGUGCCCGGCGGAAUGGGACCGCACUCCGGGAUGUCCGGCGUCGGCGGGGUCUCAGGGAUCCCCGGCAUGGGCGGCUCGCCGCGCAUGGACGGACAGCCCAUGGGAGCCUCCUCGGUCGGCGGCAUCCACCCUUCCAUGCGGACCAUCGCCGGCAACAUGAGGGGUCAGCCCAAUCUCAUGCGCAUGCAGCACAUGGUGGGCGGGGGCGUCUUCCCGGGCAGCCCCAUGGACCCCGACAAAGUCUUCCCUCCCGACAUGGUGCCCCAGGUCCAGCCCAACCAGCCCAACCCCGGCAUGUACGUGCCCGCCGGCAAGGGCGGCCCUAUGGGCCCCCUGGGGCCGCCCCCGGACGCCAGCCAGCCUCUGCCUCCCAGCAUGGGGAGCGGUGCUACGGGGAACUUCAAGAACAGUCCCUUCGUCGGCGGCGGCCCGACCAUGUCCGACCCCAACUACGCCCAGCAGUUCCACAACUUCCAGCAGCAGCUCUACGCCACCGGCACCAGGAGCAGUGGACCUCCGCCCCCUCCCCCGCCCCCGCCGGCGCCCGCCCACCCUUCCAUGCAGCACCCGCCCAAUUCGCACGCCCAUUCCCACGCGCACUCGCACGCCCACGCCCACGCUCAUGCCCAUGCCCAUGCCCAUGCCCAUGCCCACGCCCACUCCCAUUCGCACGCUCAACAGUUCUUCAUGCCCAAGUAGUAUCGGUGAUAGCGAGUGAACGACCCGUUUGCAGGGUGAGUCAAGGCGCGUCCUCGGUUUCGCGAAAGCAGGUACGAAAUACAAGUGGACGGGCACAAAUGAUAUCAUUUAUACCGCUCUCGCGGGUCGGCUCUCUAUCCGACGAAACUUCUCCGAGAACCUUCUUCUUUUUUUUUUUUGUAUAUAGAUAAAAUAUAUAUUUAUAUGCCGAAGUUUCGUAUAUUUCUGUAUGUCGAGCGUGGCGAGCACCCGGCAACGUAAAACAGGACCUUCGCGACCCGGUAUACGUAUAUAUUAUUCCGCACCACGAUCGAUUCGACCGAUCCUUUUUAAACGCGCGCACUUUCGGGCUUGGCCGUUACGAUAAAAUGAGUGCAAGUAACAUGGAAAGUUGGUACAAAUGAUAUCACGCACCUCUUCGCUCUUGCGUUUUAUUCCACUCUUAAUCGAAAUUGAGGUAUUUUCUCUCCAGCGUUGUUGAGUCACCCUGUAUGUCUCUCCGAUUCCUCGAUACGUCUCGUUUUUGGUUUAACGAUCUUACAUCCUCCGUGGGGGUGUUCGGGAUUUGAAGAAUUACGAUACCGGUAUUCGAUGACUGCGGUACUCGUACGUUUUGGCAUGACGAAGAAGUUCGAUAUUUACCGACGUUUCAGUGAUAAAUAUUUAUUUAUGUAUCGAGUCUUGAGAAUUAGGUUUCGAUAACUAUUGAACCUCUUUUAGGAUGGAUCUGAGAUUACGCGAGUCUAAUUCCAGUAAAAUAAUCCAGUAUUAAGUUUAGACGGUGGUACGAUCGCUUCCGAUGUACGGGAAAUUAUUGAACGUCUAGCACGAGACUGGGCAACGUGGAGCAAAAAUUAUUACGCCUAGUUGAAUUCUCGCGUGUAAAUAUUCAUGUCGAGCCAGGACUGAUGUAUUUGUACCGUUUCUAUACCGCUCUUCUUCUUCUUCUUCUUCUUUUUUUUUUUUUAAAUUAAUAUACGUAGUUCGUUUUCGUCAAUACACUUAGAAAUUGCCCCGCGACGUCGCCACGCAGGUUUCCUAGAGCUUUGCCGCGUCGAUCCAAAUGGAGGUGCGUACGAGUGAUCGGAUGAUAUAGUAAAGCAAUAAUAACGCCGAUGUUCGAUGGAUGUUACAUUGGGAUUAUUCUCUGAGCAGAGCAGAGAUUCCUGCCGAAUUUAAAGCGAGGUUUUUACGCGCCAUAAGUAAGGAAUCGUUGAUAUCAGUGGUUUGUCCCGACUAAUCUAAGCGGUCGACUUUGGCGAAUCCGUUCUCGGUCUUGGAUCCAAAUUAAUCUCCACGAUUUCAGUAAUUAUCGAAACUCGAUUUCAGGUACCGAUAACGCGACUAGCUAGGAAAUGAGAGCGACAAUGCGCGAGAUGUGUUUCUCGAUCCGUUAUAGCUAAUCAAGUUACGUUCAUUUUCGUGUUAUUGAAAAUAUGGACAUUGGUUUUUCGUGGACGUUUGUACAGUAUAAUAACGAGAGAGCAUGUCCGUAAUCGUUGACCGUCGAUGAGUACCGAAAUAUCGGUAAUUACUUGGUCUUCGUCCCGAUCUCGUGCGAGUCGUGGGUAUACCGACGAUUAUCGGAAUACCGGUACCCGAGAAGUAUCGAAUUUCGAUAUUUACCUAAAUCUCCUUAAAUACGUGCGAGCAUCGGUAUUUAGGUAAUUGGGACACCCCUGUAUCGAAUGUACGACGCUUCGUCGAUUUGUGAUUGCCACUCCACGACGCGCGUCUUACGAUUAAUCGAGGGUUCACUUCCCCGGAUCGUCGUUAUCGUUUCUCCCUCGAAUAUGAGAUAUAUGUUAAAGCACGUGCGAUUCGCGCCCUGCGCUUUACGUUGUACCUUCAUCGAAGACUUGUCGUAUAAUAUUCUGCAUUCGAGUUCUCGAAUUUUUUUUUUUUGUUUCUUCCCACUCGUUGCUAAUUUUUCUCGAGUCCUCGGACAGGCGGGACGUUCCGCUCGUGCUUUUCUCCCGACUUCCUUUCAUACGUGGUUUUGCUUGCACUUCUCCGAGUCGUUAACUGCACGUGGCGGUUCCUGAAAUGAAAGAAGUGACCCCGUUAAGUCAAAUUGACCGAUCGAACCGUUAGAUUUCCAGAUUUUCGGAACGAGAUGAGGGCGCGCCCGGAUCCUUCGACGUCGUCGCGUCAUCUUGUAAAUAAACUCGAGGUCGAAUAAAGUCUGCUCUUCGACAGGGGCGAUUAAUAUGGCAAAUCGAAGGACGGCGUGCGCGCCGCGAGGUUCCGCUCGUGGUUCUCGAAGGUGUUUCAAAUAGCGAGUCGCAAAGGUAGGAUUGGAAUGAAGCCGCGAUUUGAUUUUUCGCGGGGUCGCCAUCUUGGGCGUCACGUGACCCACGGGCGGGAAAGACGAACUCGCGGACGACCAGCGCGCCAUGACUUAUCUCGCGCCCCCGUCACUUACAAUUACUUAACACGAUCAAGCAAAGCUCAAAUUGAUACUUGUACAUAAUAUAUACGAUUAUACAUACAUACCUGACCCGAUGCAACGUAACCCCUGUAAUAAUUCGUCGUGCGUGUGUGCGCGCUAUCUGCCCUCCCCCAUCGAUCUCCUUCGUGACCAAUUCUGUGCAUAAUCACUACCAUUCCCUUUCCUCGUUCCCAUGUAGCGCAUAACGGUUUAAGAUGAAUAAUUGACUAAGGACAAUUAUGUUGUUGAUGAAUGAUUUUUAUUAUAAAUGAAAAAUAAAGAUAUUUACAAGAAGGUGGGAGUACAUUUUCCCACGCGAUCGCUGCGACCGUACGACGGCGGAAUCGCGGGAACGGGACGAUUUCCCGUGGAGCGAGCACGCGAAUGGCCGAUUCCGUUGCUCGAUACAAAGGAAUUUUUCCUCGCCUGGACGCGUCCAGCGAAUGCAAAAGCACGUACAUGCGAGACGAACCGGGCCGAUACGUGUCUUAUUCCGCGUUCUUUCGAACCCUUCGAGAAGAAGGCGCAUCGUCGCGCACCUAAUACGAUCUUCGAAAAGGGUUCUCGCAAGCGAUUCCUACUUCAUUCCGAAUCCUUCGGAAGAAAAUUUAUGAUAUACGUGUUUACGGGCAGAGUCACGGACUACCGGGAACGCUUUCCCCGCGCCUUGUUAUUUACAAUCGUUUAAUCUUUACUUCUCCCUCACCGGGUAUUUAACGAGAAGAGAGGAGAGGAGAAAAUAUCCGGAUACACGAAAAGAACUUGUAUACGAAGUCGAUGAAACUCGAUUCUGGAUCGCAUCGAUUACCUUACCGGGGACUCUAUUUUCGGAAAGUGGAAUCGCGGGCAGAGGUUGACUCGAUUUCCGGCUUCACUAGGAGAUUACGAAACUCCGAUUUUGAGUUGCCAACAUUUUAAAAUCAUAAAGAAUACUUCCUUAUGAACGAUAAGCUGCACCAGGGUGGUAAUACGACCCGCGUACGCUGUGAUAUGAAUAUGUCCCCAAAUUAAUUUACUAACGACCAAUUGCUCCGUUCGUCGAAAAUAUCGUGACUGCAUUUUCUCAUGUGCCGGGUAAGCGCAAAUCGCACAAAUUUGCGCCAUUGCGUACUUGUACAUGGAAAGUCUCUUUUUUACAUACCACGCGUUGCUAAAAUGCAAGAUAUUUAUGGAACGUGAUGGAAAGUGCAGUCACGAAUUUUACCCGCAACGCCAAUCGUGGAUUAGAGAAAAAGAGGAAUCCGAGGGUUCCCGUUUCACGGCGGGUCGACCCGAACGAUUUAGGUUCCCUUUGUGAACUUUACGUUGAGUUCUAUGGUUUUUUUUUGCCGGGGGUAAAGGUCCAUAAAAACGUCUAUUUCUAAUCUUCCUUGUAUGAAAAGCAAGGCCCUUCGUAAAUAUGUGUUGGUCGAUUGAAAAGUAGCGAUCCAUGAAUGGACGAGAGUCCACGCGUAAUCUCUACUCGUCGUAUCAUUAAAGGUACUAUGCACUUGGGAAGAAUCCGUAGUUGCCAUUACUAAAAAUCUGAUAACUGCGACCGAAUAGCCGGCUUAUAAGCGGUACGACACGACUUUAUCGUUACAAAUUCUAAUAGAAUGUAGUAAGUCUAUUCAGUCGGGGCCAACUGACUUCUAUAAUUUUUCCUAGGGUAAUCGAGUACCAUUUACUCGGCUCUUCGGAAACCUGGAUCCCAUAAAAAAAAUGUACUAGUUCAUGGAGUACCGUUUAUGGAAUCCGAGUUCAAAUGAUUGGAGUAAUCGUUGUAAAAUACGUAAUUCUUGUAAAGUAUUGAAGCUACCGAAGAACAAGAAAAUGGUACCGGGAGAAUGCGGAACGGGUUAACCAGGCCACUUUCACGAAUCUAAAUACAUCUUUCGUGUAACAUUGCGAACGUAAGUCUACCUUAAGAGGCGAGUUUACCCUCUGCAAAUAGCUGUGCGCCAACGAUAAGAUUACUGAGUGGUGCUACCUAGGCUAAAUUCGUUGCGCUUUAAAUUUACUCGAAAGCAUCAUUCUAUCGACUGAUUUUGGAUGAGCGCCGUUUUUAACGUGGUCUUAUAAUUUUACUAGGAAUUUUUAUUCCUGCAUAUUUGUCGUGGGAACUGACCCAGCAGGCACGAGACUGUACACCUUUAUGCUGGUUUUUUUACAUGGUAAUUUUUCGUUUUUUUACGCGGAACACACCAAGUACGCGAUAUAACGCUGUUUAAACUCAGCCGAUAAAACGGGCUCUCGUGUCAACCUAAUCUCGCGUUUUUUUCUCUCAUUCACUCUCCUGCUCUCCUCUACAAAUAACAAGAGUGUGCAGU